UCAGGAAGAGACACCUGAUUGGCUCUUCCAGAAUAGCUCCUCAUUUUACCGAGCUGUCCUGUUAAGCUGCGCAGACAGACUCCCGGAGUCAGGACAACAACAACAACAAAUCUCAGUUGGACGCUGUUCGACAACCGAAACACAAGCGGGGAUGUCGGAGCCUGCAGAUCGUAGAUGUUCCGUCUCGUCCGUCUCUCUGAUUGAGAUCAAGACUGAGACGCAUCGAGUCCUCCAGGCUUUUCUUGAACGAACCAUCUCCACCCCCCACAAAGACAGGCCUGGCAGGGUAGCAGGAGCCUAUGAUGACCAUAGCAGGCACAGCUCGUCGCCACAGUCUAAACGAAAGGACGGAGCAGACGCUCAAGCGGAAAAAGAAGACGACAAGAAGACUGGAAUCAAAGACCUGAUGAAGAGGUCCAUUAUCCGUGGGAAAGGCUCACUGGGCCGGAGCAGCAAGCCCAAACAGUCCCAACCAGCAGAAGACAGCGUCUCAGCCUCCUCAUCUUCAGAUGAAGAGGAAGUUGAAAAAAUGAAGAAGCAAAGGCAAGCAAUCAAAAGAAAGAUUGCUUCGUUUUUCAAAAUGAAAUUAAAGGAGAAAAAAGAGAAGGAGAAAGAACAAAACGAGUCUCAUCCUCAGAGACAGAGUGACUUGGCACCUGGCAAGAAAGCGGCAGCAGCAAAGGAGCCCGUCGCUCCUGUUCCAAAAACCGAUCAGCCUCUGGAGUUUUAUGAUGAAAUAGUUCAGAGGCUGGAAGACAUCAUCAAACAGUCCACCAAGAUAAAGACGCCAAGCCCAAAACUAAAGCGACCGCCAGAGUGUGAUAAUGAAGUCUUGGCUCAGCGGCUGGUGAAGCUGCUCAGUUCAGAAGGAGAUGCCAUGAACACUAAGAUCCAGCAGGAUCCAGAGCUGCGCGCCAGACUGUCUCGUCUUUCAUACAGAUCGUUCGAGCAUAUUCUAGACAUCUUCGGCAGGAGUCAGGUGACUGAGGCCCCCCCGCUGCAACCGUCGACCAGUCCAACACUACAGCGAAUAGCCGUCUCCAUGGAGGUGUCCCGCCGCAUGGUGACAGCCACAGGAACGCAGCGGAUUGAGGGCUUUGCAGAGCGCUACAUGGAUAACUUUAUCCCCUGGGUCAAAAGUCAGGGAGGAUGGGGAAAGAUGCUGAAUAUAGAAAAGACUGAGGAGUGGGACUGAUGUCCUGAAUGUGUGUUUAUCGUGAACCAAGCCUCAACUGGAUGAUGUCCAACAGGGUCCGAGGAGCUGACCAGCAGAGUUUAAUCUGACCAGUCACAUUACAUAGACAUGGUCUGUUUGGUUCCUGCUGCACCAGAGUGCUUCCAGUUUGUGUUUUACAUUUAACCACUCAACCAGGGACCAGGCUGUUGCCACUGCUGCUACUAGCCUCGGUUUUCAAGGACCUGCUGUCCUUGAAACUAAAACUAAGUAGCUAAAUCCAUUUUGUUGUGGAAAAACAAAGUACAAAAACCAAAUCAACUACUUGUAUUUUACCUCUUGGAUUAUUAAAUUCCAUAGUGAGACAUGAGAUGUUUUACAGCAGCUUUUAUUGUAAAUAGUAGAGCUACAGGAGAAGCUACUUUACUAAGUUAUAUUUUAAACUGACAAAGCUCAUGGAAAAAUGCUAAAGAUUAUGGGGUGCCAUUUCAAAAGUUACACACAAAAAUUAACAACAUUGAUUCAUUGUUGAAAGUCAUAAUUUCACAAUUUCAACAUUCGUUUAUAAAUGUCACAGUUUCAAACUAAAUAUUUAAUUAGCAAGCUAAAUACUUAGUUAGCCAGCUAAAUA